AUGUUACUUGAUGCUCCUCCUUCACGAACAAUCUACAUGCUAGAUCCCUACCAGCAGGGAGAUAAGGAUCGAAUCAGCAGGUAUAUAAACAAACCAACAACCAAUCGCUUGGAACCUCAUCGUCCCGAUGCCCCGAAAACCCGGGUGAGAGAAGUUCGGAGAGAGCGUAUUAUUCGCUCCAGCCAUGUACGAAGCAAUACCCGCGUAUAUGCAAAAAUGACGAGGAUUCGCUCCGCUGUUGCAUGCAGAGUAUCCAGUCGCGUUACGCCAAAGACGUCGAGGAUCCCAGAAUGGGGAGGGGUUCAGAGUAUGUACCCUCCCAAUCGUUGGGUACAUACGUAG